CACUUCCUCCACCUACACUCAAUUUAAAGGGUGCCAACGGAACCGCAAGGGUGUAUGUGUGGAAAAAGGGAGCUUAUAUAGCUAGUCUGGCGCUGGGAUUUCCUUGAGCUCCUUCAGUUUCGGCUCCUGCCUGCAUAAAAUAACCGCAUAAAAUGUCGUUAAGUAUAACGAAAUUGAGUCUGCACAUAAAUUCAGAUUAUGAGAUUAAAAUGUUGUGAUUUUCGCACAUAGCAACGGAGUUUGGGCUGGCCAGAAAACCCUUUUUUCGGUGAAUGAAACCCAAAAACGAACGUUAAGUAUUUUGGAUGGAGAAUGCGCUGGAAUAAGCAAUACCAGCCCCAUCAAAAGUGGCAACAACAUCAACAGCAGUGAAGCCAAUGUAAUGAGUUUAUAUCGCCCUUUUGGCCCGAAGCAUAUAUUUAUGAAAAAACAACAUGACCGGGGAACAGUAGAAUAAAUCAGAUGCGAUUAUUUAAAUUUGAUAGCUGAGGUCCUUGGGAAAACCAAUUGACAAAGUUUCGGAGUAAAAAAUAUGUUUGAAUAGAUAAUAUAUUGUUAAAGUAUUUUUAAAAAGCGACAAGUAACAUAGUUACAUUUCAUUUUUAAUGUUUAUUUAAUGUUUAUCCAAAAUGCUUUUGGAAACAUGUUGAAGAUUUUAGAGAAAAUUAGAACUUAUAGAUAUCUCUCGUCUUUCUAUUAUCUCUAUGUUCCAUCUAUUAAGUUCCACUGUUUGCCUGACGAAUAAUGAAGAAGUUGCGGCUGUGGCUGGCGAUCAAAGUCAAAUAUUUGGCUUGAAUGUUUACAAAUUGGGUCAGCUGGUCAUCUGGCCUGGCCAAGAGCUAUACAGUCCUCUUCAAAAUGCCCCGGGCAAAUGUUUUCCUCCCCUUUCAAUGUGAAUUUCCCGCAAAUAAAGACUGUGGACCUCAGCUGUCCCUUCAUUAUGACGCUAAUUGCCAGGACACGCUGGCCAAAAGGAUUAGCUGAACGUAAAGUGUACGGAAGAACAUUCGAUGAGACCGCAAAAACCAGGACAAGAAAGAACAUGAGACAGCAAGACCGACGGUCUGCCGACCCAUAAACUGUUUAGUUCAACUUAAUCCGGUGAUAUAUCCGGAUUAGCGAACAGAAGUGGUGGCGAAGGAGUAUUUUUUUUCGCUAUUCCCGAGAACUUUACGACACUUUUUAGGUAAUGAAUGGGAUUACAUUUUUUUAAUCCACUGCCAGCCGUGAGCUGUAAAAAAAUUACUGACAAAAAAACAGCAUUCAGGUCAGUUUUUGGCCUGGGAAACCGAUUGACCUGCGAGAAUGGGUCUCAUGAAUGGGCAGGUCAAAAAAAGGCUUGCGUAUAAAAUAAACGAGCAGUACUGACGUAACCAGCAAACGCAGUCAAGCAAUCAGACAGUGAAGAUGUGUCUCAUCCAGCAGAACGAGGAAGUCAAGGAGAGCACCAAAGGGAAUCCUUCCCUGAAUUCGGGGGAUUCACCACCAAAGUCACCCACCGCCGCAUAUGCUAUGUUUAUGCACCGCGAAGAGUUGAGAAGGAGAAAAAUUCAUGUGACACGGGCUUCCGCGACCAAAAUUCACCUGACCAGCGAACUAAUCGCCCGAACUAAACAGAAUAUCCGGCAGUGCAGCUUUGAGGAUCUGGAGAUUUUGGCAAGGGAGACGCUCUUCAAGAAGAAUCUGCAGAGACAUCUCUACUAUCGACGCAUGCAGAUCCAUCAAUGGAUGAUAAACAGAAAGAAGCAGCAAGCCAAGGAGAUGAAGUGAUGGAAAAUAUAUAUUUAGUUAUUAUAA